AUGAAGCCUGUCUCUGCCCUCCUUUUUGCCUCGGGCGCCGCCGCGAUGGCCAUUCGUCAGAGGGGCAUCGAUGAACCUCUGGCGGGCCGCGUGAUUGACUCUUGGAUUCUCAACAACAACGAGCCCCAGCGUGACUACUGGUAUGGCCGUGCUGCCCUGUACACCGGUGUCGAGGCCGUAUACGAGCUGAACAAGAACGAGACCCUGCUGUCUUGGUAUCGGUCUCGCAUCGAUGGCCUCGUUGUCACAGAGAACGGUACUAUUCCCGGCUUCCGCGAGGACCAUUACUCCCUCGAUGACUACCGCAUUUGUCGCAAUAUCCUCUACUGGUACCAGCGCACCGGCGAGGAGAAGUACAAGAUCGCGGCCGACACUAUCCGCGGCAUGCUGGAGAGACACCCUCGUACCCCUACCGGCGGUUUCUGGCAUCGCUCACCCAUUUACAAGAACCAGAUGUGGUUGGAUGGUAUCUACAUGGCUGAUACCUUCUAUGCCCACUACACCUCCCUCUUUGACGCGGAUAACACUACCGCUUGGGACGAUAUUGUGCUCCAGUGGGACAGAAUUGAGGAUGUUAUUCGCGACCCUGAGACCGGUCUCCUAUUCCACGGCUUUGACGAGGGCAAGGAGGCUGUCUGGGCCGACCCCGAGACAGGUGCCUCUCCCCUCAUCUGGAACCGCGCUGUCGGUUGGUACUUCAUGUCUUUGAUUGAAGUCCUCGAUCUUUUCCCCAAGGAGCACGCCGGCUACGAGCGCCUGCUCGGAUACUACACCACCCUUGCCGCCGCUCUCAAGCGUGCUCAAGACCCUGAAUCUCAUGGUUGGUGGCUGGUCAUGAACGAGCCCUACCCCGGCAAGGAGCGCAACUACUUCGAGAGCUCUUCCGCUGCCAUGUUCACCUGGGGCUGGCUUGCUGGUCUGCGUCUCGGUUACAUUGACGAGGCCACCUACCUUGAGCCCGCUACCAAGGCCUACACCCACCUUGUUACUGAUUUCAUUACCAAGAACUGCAACGGUACCCUCACAUGGACCGACACCGUGCAGGUUGGCUCUUUGAACAGCAACGCUACGUUUGAGUACUAUGUCGGUAUUCCCGUGGUCGACAACGAUACCCGCGGUGUCGGCCCCUACCUCCUCGCUGCGUACGAGUGGGAGCUCCGCAACAACAUUUCCGCCUAA